CCCUGUGAGCGCCAGAGUAUAAAGGGGAGGGGCUCAGUCCGAGCCCACACACUCUGAGUGAGGCUCGUCACAGGCACACACACAGACAGCAAUCAUGUCCAGUGGAGAUAAGUCCAAGACUUCUUCUCAGACUGACGGCAAGGCUGCUCAGAGCAAGAAGUCUGAGAUGGGGAUGAUGUCCUACAAGAUGUACGUGUUCGACCAGGAGAACUUCCAAGGUCGUAUGAUCGAGAUCAGCAACGAGUGCAUGAAUGUGUGUGAGAUGGGCAUGGACCGUGUGCGCUCUCUGCGUGUGGAGUGUGGACCCUUCGUGGGCUUCGAGCAGAUGAACUUCUGUGGAGAGAUGUACAUUCUGGAGAAAGGAGAGUACCCCCGCUGGGACUCCUGGAGCAACUGCCAGAGGAACGACUACCUGCUGUCCUUCAGACCUGUCCGAAUGGACCCUGAGAAGCACAAGAUCUGCCUGUACGAGGUGGGAGAGUUCAAGGGCCGCAAGAUGGAGAUCAUGGACGACGAUGUCCCCAGUCUGUUCUCUUAUGGCUUCACUGACAGAGUGGGCAGCAUUAUCGUCAGCUGUGGAACCUGGGUGGGAUACCAGUACCCUGGUUACCGUGGCAGCCAGUACCUUCUGGAGAAGGGCGACUACAGGCACUUCAACGAGUAUGGCGCCCGCUGCCCUCAGUUCCAGUCUGUGAGGCGUAUCCGCGACAUGCAGUGGCACCAACAGGGCUGCUACACCAUGGCCAGCAAGUGAGGCUCAGGGAAGGAGAGAAAGAGAAAGAGUGGGAGUGAGGGAGAGGGGCGGAGGAAGAGAGAGAGGGGGAGAGACCACUGAAGCUUUUCCUCUGGGGCUUUGGGUCAGUAUUUGACCUGACACAUUCUGACCAGCGGAGAUGGACACCACUCAGCCCAUAAUGGGCCUCCCUGACUUCCUCUGCCUCGACUUUCUCUUUCUCCCCUCCGAGCCGAGCGGUAAUGACCUCUAUCUCCCCCUUUGUAGUCCCUCGCUUCAUCCUCUUCACUCUUUUAUGAAACAUCAAAGAGGAAGCAAGACAGAUGCUUUUAAACACAAUUUUCAGCACAGGGUGUGAUGCACCAUGGGAAACUGAGUCCUCUGCCCCUGCCUUUAACCCUUGUGCAUUGGACACCCUUUCUGCUGUACAGAUUUCUGGCCAAGUUUUCAAUAAAAAGAAAAAUCAUGAACUCAUA